UUGGUAGCGGCGGACGCACGGUGCGAGGCCGGGCCUCUGACUUGCCCCGGCGAGGGGGAUGGAUGUGGAGGAAGGGGGGGGGGUUGUGAGCCGGGCGAGGCUGCCCGCUCCAUUUGUGUGCUGACCAACAACCCUCCCUCCGCUCGACUCUAAUUUAUUUCUUGCUAAACCCGUAUGCAUUGGCUGAAUGUCUUCCAUAGACUGGUCGUUAAGCAGCAGCUUCCUGCCUCCCGUGGGCGGCUCCCGGCCAGCGCCUUCUGUUGUGGAGAGUAACUUGUUGCCUUGCCUCUCCAGUGGGGUUAAGCGCUGUGUGUUACUGCAAUUCCACGAGUACUGGUAAUACAAUGUCGCAAUACACUCUUUAACUGGAAACAUUUAAUGUUCAUGCAAAAUUCGACGUUCUGAUAAAGUUCAAUUGCUUUACCCCAGUGCAUUGCAUCUUCGAAUGAGUGCUGCUUUAAGAGUGCACCACUCGGCUGUAAACAGUUACGUGCUCUUGCUUGCAGAGUGCAGGACAUGGCCUCGAAACUUCUCCACAGGUUUCGGAGGAAAGCUGAGAAAUGCGGUGUUGCUGAUGAAACGGCGGAAGACUUUCCCGAGAGAUCGGAACUUUACGACGAGACGGACGGGGUGUCCGCCCGCCUGAGCGGGACGCUGAGCUUCGGGGAUUCGGAUGUAGCGGAAGAAAACGGGGCCCAAGCUGUGGACAGUGACACUGAUUUUUUAUGCAGCUUUGAGAGUGAUGAGCUUGAAAGGACAGAAAAUCCCUUGGGUGAGCUUAAACACUGCAAUCUGCUUACAAAGCACCUUCAGGAAAGUUGGAAGAAGGCCAAGGUGAAGUUUAUUGAAGAGAAGUUGAUUUUUGAGGUCACAAGCGCUAAUGUCAUCCAGGACUCGUCUUCCAAAUAUGUGGCCUACACCAUACAUGUGAUUAGGUCGGGAUGUUUCGAUGAAGACAAGGCUCUGAUUGUUCGGCGUUACACCGAUUUUGCAAAGUUGAAUGAAACACUCCACAAGCAUUUCAGAGAAGAUAUGGGGAAGGUCAUCUUUCCAAAGAAGAAAAUCCGGAAAAACUAUACACAUGAAACCAUUGCAAAACGCAGUCGGGCUUUUGAACAAUAUCUCCAGCAUAUCUAUUCAAUUGCAGACAUUCGCAGGUCCAGAAUUUUUCUGGAAUUCUUUUACCUUCGAGAUUUAAUAGUGGGUCAAGGAUUACUACGGGGCGGCAUGUGUGAGGAUGCUAUGGAGACAUUAAUCAAUGCUCUACACUUGCAGCAGAAGUUGUGCGCCUGUGACACAAGCCAUUUACUCUUCACUCUGGCUUCUAUUUGUGUGUGUUACCAAGAGCAAGAUCACCUUGAAGAGGCCCAAGCUUACUGUGAGCGGGCCUUGCAAGGUAUCGAAGACCAAGAAAAUCAUCCUUUACUUGUGCCUUUACUUCAUUCCAAUAUCAGGCUCUCCUGGAAGAUAGCUAAAGACAAACGCCAAUCUGAAGCAAGACUCCAACAGGUCCAAGAGUCUGGAGUCGAUGUUUUAAACCAACCUACUCUCAAAGAACACCUUAUUAAAUAUUUCUUAGAAUGAAUUAGACACUAUUCUAUAAAAGGACAGAGGAAGAAAGGGUAAGCAAAAAUAAAAAAAAAUACAUUUAACUGUAGUGCCUUUCAUUACUUCAGGACACUUUAAAGCACUUUACAGACAAUGAAAAGUUUCUGAAACGUAAAACACAAAAACCGAUGUUGACCAGCUAAUAUACUUUCACAUGUUUAAUUGUAGAAUUAAACCAGGACAGAAGGGAAUUCUUUGUCUUCAGUAAAAUAGUGUAGGAUAUUUUACAGCACCAGAGAAAGCACACAGAACCAUGCAUUACAGUUCAUUGGUCUGGUUGGUGAAUUCAUCAACAGUUAUGGAGGGUAAAUCCAGAAUCUACUAAACCUGUUGGGAAAGAAGUCAAACAGGGGGUGGCUUUUUCCCCCAUUUGUUCAUUUAGUAUAGAUCUUUUGUUAUGAACUUUAGAUGAAGAAAAUUGUGUAUUUUAUUUCAGCAGGGACAACCAGAAGAUGUAGGCAUUGUAAAUUUGCUAACAAGCAGUUGGUUUAUGUCUCUGUUGUUUAAUUUAAACUUUUCAAUUUCCAUCCUGUCAGGGGGCAAUAGAGCCAAAGAUACCAGGAGAUAAUUAAAUUCUGUGGAAUACAAGGAUCAGAACUAUGGUUGGGAUAUUGCUUAAGUGAGUAACAAAAUCCGUCUUGGCUGAGAAAUUUGGAAUUGACUUGGUUUAAGCAACUUUUUCUGGGGAAAGAAUGAACUGAUUUCCAGAACCCUAGGUAAUUGUUUCCUGAUAUCAUAUUUAAGCAUGAAUUUUAGGUUUAUAUUCUUUUAUAGAUUUACUUUCAGAAAGCACUUCAAUCUAGCCAAUCAUAUCUUUUGAUACUUUUCUCCUCGUAAUCAGUCUGGGAGCAUGUUGGAUGAUGGAUUAGUCCAUUGUUCACAAAUGGGACCGACAGAAGAUUCAUGAAUCAUAGAUGAUUGCUUUCUCAUUGUGAGUACCUGUAGUAUCCUUAUCAGAGAAAUUAUUAGUUAUUCUGAAUGAAAUGUAUUAAUUUGCAUGGACCCAAAGCUGCCAAACUACCAAUUUUCUGUUUUGGGUUUUUAUGGUGAUUUCUUAAUUCAGGGAGUAUAUUGUCCUGUUCAGGAUGGAGUUAAUACACACCUUCAGUGAAGACUAUUCUUAACAACAACACUGCAACAGAUUAUAAAAUUAUGUGGAGCAGUCACAGCAGGAGGUGAUUCAUAUAUUUUCGUAUAAUGAUUAUGUAGCCAUAGCUACUGAAGCUGUUCCCAGUAUAUUCAAUUUAAAAUUGUGAGCAAAGGAUAAAUUUCAUCCCUGUAUUGCUGUAAUUCUACCACGUCAAACAAAAGUACAAACCUCAGAGAUUUAUUACUUACAGCUAGAGGUGGAGAUAAAUUGUACAAUUCCAUUAUUCAAAGAUUGACCAAAGUGGCCUGCUCUCAAUUAUUGUUUAUCUCUCAGUCAAGAAAACUGUUUGACUUGAUCGCAUAUUAUCUUUUUGGGAUCUUGCUGUCAUAAAUUCUUUUACAUUUUCCUAAAAUUACAAAAUGUUUUAGACUUCCUUGGAAUACAAAUGGUAUUAUGUAAAUGAAGGUUCCUUCUAAACACAUACUCUUUAGGUAAUCUGAUGACUAACUUCCAACAUUAUCUGAAUAACAUUUUAAGAGUGGAUUAUAAUUUUAAAAUGGUGUAGUAAUAUCUCAUGAGAAUACAUUAUUCUGACUAUUUUUGAAGAACAUAUGGAUAGAAGUUUAAACUUUAUAGAGUACAGAGGCAGAUUUAAAUCUUAUGAAAAGGAUAGCAAAAUAUAUUUUGAAUAUUGGAUAAUCUCAAUAUUGAAUAAUCUUGUUUUAAGCACUUAUGUGAACUGUAAUUGACAAGUUAUGGAAUAAAAUGGAUUCAUCUUAACAAAUCGCCUAAAAAACUUGAGUGCAAGCAGAGUGAUCCAAUAUAUUUAUCUGUAUGCGCCUCAAAAAUGAGCAAACCUUGAUUUAUCUGAGUGUUUAAACAAUUUUCUAGG